UUCUUCAUAAUAGAUCGUAUUGUCCAUGAAUAUGAAGAAGCAAAGGCAAAACAAAAAAUAAGAAGAACAGCAAAUUUUGAGAUAGAUGUUCAUAUUAUGGUAUUGAUGUUGACAUUGAUUGCGAGGAUUAAUAACUGUUCAACACAAAUCGAGCGUCCAAUCAGGAGAGCACCAACACAACUUGGAUAUGAAUACCUACAAAAGGCGAUGAAAGAGGAUUCUCAGCAUUUUCGUGAAUUAUAUCAAGCAUGUAGUCAGGAAAAUGUUGCAUCAAGUAGUAAUGCACAAGAGCAAAAUCAAGAAGAUGAUGAAUCAUAUAGCGAUGCAGAAGAACUUGUUGGAACCCAAGAACAACAAAGGGAAUUCGCUAAUAAUUGGCGAGCAACUAUUGCUGCUAAUAUGUGGGGAGAUGCUAAUGACGAUGGGUAUCAGCCA